AUGGCGAGCCCGUCGCCUAGCCGGCUGAGAAGUACCGGCCCAGGCUUGGCCACUGGGGCCGCUUCCCUGGCCCGCUCUGGAGGCUUCGUGGGAGGCCGCUGGCUCCAGGCGGCAGCCACUUUCCCCGUGCGGGACCCGGCCACCGGCGCGGAACUCCUCCAGGUAGCGGACUGCGGCGUGGCGGAGGCGGAGGCCGCGGUGAAGGCCGCCUACGAAGCCGGCGCAACUUGGAGCGCAGCUUCUGCAAAGGAUAGAGCGGUUUUGCUUCAUAAAUGGUAUGAUUUGAUGAUAGAGAAUAAAGAUGAGCUUGCAAGGAUCAUUACAGCAGAAAAUGGAAAACCACUGAAGGAAGCCGAAGGGGAAAUCUUGUAUUCAGCUUCUUUCUUGGAAUGGUUUGCUGAAGAAGCCCGGCGUAUUUAUGGUGAUAUUAUUCCAUCUUCAGCAAAAAACAGGAGAGUCCUUGUUUUGAAGCAGCCUGUAGGAGUUGCAGCCAUCAUUACACCUUGGAAUUUUCCAAGCGCUAUGAUUACCCGGAAAGUAGGUGCUGCUUUGGCAGCUGGCUGUACAGUAGUAGUGAAGCCAGCUGAAGACACACCUUUAUCUGCCUUAGCACUAGCCGAGCUUGCAAAUCAGGCUGGAAUCCCUGCCGGAGUAUAUAAUGUUGUUCCAUGUUCCAGACAACAGGCAGCAGCUGUUGGAGAGGUCCUUUGUACUCAUCCCUUGGUAGCCAAAAUCUCAUUUACUGGCUCAACAGCUACAGGAAAGGUAUUGCUAUGCCAUGCUGCUGGCACGGUAAAGCGGGUUUCCAUGGAGCUCGGAGGCCAUGCUCCUUUCAUAGUCUUCGACAGUGCUGACGUAGACAAAGCAGUUGCUGGAGCUUUAAUUUCUAAAUACAGAAAUUCAGGGCAGACCUGUGUAUGUGCAAACCGCUUCUUGGUGCAGAAAGGGAUCCAUGAUGAAUUUGUCAAGAAGUUUGCCCAAGCCAUUGAGAGGGAACUAUGUAUUGGCCAUGGAUUUGAUGAAGGGACUACCCAAGGGCCAUUAAUUAAUGAAAGAGCAGUAGAAAAAGUUGAAAGUCACAUUGAUGACGCAGUGUCCCAAGGAGCAUCCAUAAUUACUGGAGGAAAAAGGCACAGUUAUGGGAAAAAUUUCUUUGAGCCAACUCUGCUUUGCAAUGUGUCAACAAAUAUGUUAUGUACACAAGAGGAGACUUUUGGGCCUUUGGCUCCAGUUAUCAAAUUUGAUACAGAGGAGGAAGCACUCGCCAUUGCAAAUUCAGCCAAUGUGGGUUUAGCAGGCUAUUUCUAUUCUCAAGACCCGGGCCAGAUUUGGAGAGUCGCUGAGAAGCUGGAAGUUGGAAUGGUCGGCGUUAAUGAAGGGAUUAUAUCUUCCGUGGAGUGUCCAUUUGGUGGGGUCAAACAAUCAGGGCUAGGAAGAGAAGGUUCUAAAUACGGUAUUGAUGAGUAUUUAGAAAUAAAAUAUGUUUGUUUGGGAGGUUUACAAUAGCCGUUGUUAGCACAGUAGACAAACUAGGACUAUAGUUUUGGCCUUUCAUUGGCUUUCCUUAGCAAGCUAACUUGGAUUUUUUUUUUCUAUUUUCCUAAAAUAACUGUGAUCAGGUUUACGUGUAGCGAUGUCUGUACUUGAAAUUAUGUCAAUACAUAUAAAACAGUUCUUCAUAAUUACAUUGUGAUCGCAAAUGUUAGUAUUAUCUAUCUUGGUCCUAAUGUGGAAACAAAUCCUAUGUGCUGUUGACCUUUGGAAGAAUUUGGAAGACUUUAUUAAUAUUUUUGGAACAAAUAGGGCAGCAUCGCUACUAAUUUUUUCUCACAUGUGGAGGGUUAUAAAAAUGACGGAAUCUUAAAUAUUUGUGCCAAAUUUUGAAUUUUACUCUUUUUCUAAUACUUUGUUUUUUAAUUAAUUGGGUAAAAAUCCAGUUUUUAUACCAAUAGUUGUUCUUCAGCUAUCAUCUGAAAUAUAGGUUUCCUGGUGGAUAUAUAUUCAUUUCUAAUAUCCUAUUCAUCAAUGGGACUAGGCUUAUUUAAGAAGAGAUUUGCAAUUUGUAGCCUGUGGUUAAGCACAGAUUGAUGGGCAGUAAUCAUUCCUGCCAAACUAUAAUGUACACAGUCUUCAGAGACUCUUGAUUUGGCAGAAAAAUGGAAUCCUUAUAGAUUUUAUGAGACAGUGUAAGAAAGCCAAAUUAUAACAAUAAAUAUUAAUAUACAUAAUAGAUUCAUUCAGACCUGCUUGGGACCAGUAGCUACAUAAAUAGUUAGAUUUCAUUGAUACAUGUUCAUAAGCUCAUUUUUUAAAAAAAUAAAAAUUGAUCCAUGGGGCUGCUAUACAAAACUUCUCAGUGCUUUUAUGGAUGAAUCGUUUGGUUCCUGCAGAAUUAACUUGAAUGGUUUAUUAUUCUCUUUUGUAAUAAAUACGGAUUAUUUUUUAAAUGAGAUGGGAAAAUUUGGAUGGCCCUGACAUAGUGCUGCAUUAAACUGAAUGUGCACUUUAUAUGUCCAAAUUGCAUUGAAAUGUUGUAUUACUUUUUUGUUCCUUGUUUUUGGGGGAGGCAGUUAAGGUCUCCUUGGGCCUUAAACCCCUCUGCUAGAUAACAUCUGCUUCUGAGAGUCAACCCUUGGCUUCAGAAGCGCUCUGCAUAGUCUCCUGAACAGCAUGAAGUUCAAUUAUACAGAGUACUUGUUUUAAAUCAGCUUUCAUUACUGUGCGUUAUUUUUUUCUUAACAACUAGAACUAGAAAAAUUCAGAUUCUGGCAGUUCUCAAAAGUACCAUUUGUAACAUUCUCACUCUUUCCUUAAAAAAGAGUAGAAGCCAAAUAUGCUUGAUACAUAAUGUUAGCAAAUGGAAUAUUUCAUAAAUAAAAUAUUGUGCCAUUUAAGGGUAUGGAAGACAUUUCAAACUGUUUGAUUAUAGCACAAAUGAAUACUGUAAUGAUCUAUUAUAUAUUUUAAUUUCAAGGAAAAUACUAUACAAUAUAUGUUUACAUUCAUAUAAGGGAACAUCUGAAUUAAGUUUUUUUUUAAUUACAUGAUCAACUUUUUUUUUUACAUUGUUUACCAGAUAUGAAAGUUAACAAUGAAUUGCUAAUGUAAUAAAAAUUGGACAUU